AUGGCAAAUGCGCCAACAAAUAGCCAGCUCAGGGGCCACAGCACGGUGGGCGACGGCGAGAGACUCGUGCUAGAGCACCAUGUCAAGCAACCAGCGAGAGGCGAAGAAGCGAAGAGGGAGAGGGAAUGCGAGCAAGAGGAGGGCGGACGGCAAACGGGGCAGAAGCAGCAGGCUGGCAGGGCGGAGUGGAAAGAGCGGAAUCUAGGCCUCGGCCGAAUAAGGCUAGCGUGCAUUGGGGUGCGCCGUGGUGCUUCAUCCUCGUGCCGCCCGCCAUCUGCCAUGGGACAGCCACAGAUGUGCCGCGAGGCCGCUGAAGACUUACGCGUCCACUUCGGCGCCCGAUAUCACCUAACACCGCGAGAGGCGACAGGCCAGAGGCGAGAGGCGUCUCACAAGGAACUCGAGUGGAACUUGGAAGCAUGGGGCCGCCGGGAAUAG